AUGGGAGAAACACCAGCAGAUACUGCUGCUGUAACUCCAUUUAAUACUCAGGAAGAAACACCAGCUAUUACAGCUGAUGCAACUCCAUAUUUCACAGAGAACGAAACACCAUUUAACACAAUGGAGAGUACACCACAGAUAACACCUAAUCAAACACCAGAAACACCAGUUCCAACACCAACACCAUCUCCAUACAGAACAUUCGAACAAUCUCCAUUCGAAACAGCAUUCGAGACACCAAUAAUUACUGAAAAGGAAACUCCAUUUGAAACUGUUUUUGAAACACCAAUGAAUACUGCUUUCGAGACAGCAUUUGAUACACCAAUGAUAACUGAAAAGGAGACACAAUUCGAAACUGCUUUUGAUACUCCAAUGAAUACAGCAUUCGAAACGGCAUUUGAAACUCCAUAUUACACUAAUAUGCCAACAGCUGCCGAGACACCAUACACAACACCAGAGCAUACUCCAGCUCCCACAGCAACUCCAGAACCAGUUAGAUACACAGGAAAGCAGGAAAGCAAACUUUCCAUUGAAGCAUCACGUGGCAUCAUCAUCGAUGACUGCCAGUUCAUGAGUCUUGGCGGGUUUGCUCAAUCAUCAUACCUUAGCAUCAGUGGUGGUGCCUCAUGGAUGGUCACCAUCAUCACGAAGACAUUCUUCUACAACUGCGAAUCGAGUCAAGGCGGUGCCUUCAACAUCCAAGGCAACAGUCAUCUUGUCAUCAACACUACCGGUGUUCAAGAGUGUAUUGGUGCCGGUCUUCCAGCUCAAGGCGGCAUUGGCUUCAUUUCCAUGAGCGAAUCCUCUCCAUACGACAUUGACAUGAGCUCCUUCAUGUCAUGCACCUCUCCACGCGAGAACUUAUAUCUUGGUGGUUGGUCUAGUGUCAGUCAUGUCAACUCCACCGGCAGCUCUGCCACGGGCGUCGGUACAAUUUACUCAUAUGGCCACAUCAACUUCAACAGCUACAAGUCACCAAUCCAGUUCACAUACUCCACCAUUAGUAAGACAUCAUCUAACUGCGGCUGUUUCUACUUCCAAUCUGGUACAUCCGAAGCUCUUGUUUACAAAGUCAACUUCCUUGAGAACGAACUGAAAGGCUAUGCCAUGAUUUACACCGACACAUGCACCAUUACUCCAGAAAUCAAAGAAUGUGUUUUCCAGAACAACAAAUACAACGGUCACGAGAUUCUUGGCAACUACAAGUCAGUCAACGCCAACAUCAAAGACUGUGUUGUUGAUGGCACAAAGAUCGCCGGCUCAGCCGGAAUUACUGAUUGGGUUGUCGAGACGACCGAUGCUAUUCCAAUGACCUUAUAUGCCACUGGCGGAAUUGAUGCCAUUCACGCAUAUGGCAGAACCCCAGCUCCAUCUCCAGUUCCAACAAGUAGUCCUCUUCCAACCCCAGCUCCAACACCACUGCCUGAACCAGUUCGAUACACAGUCAGCCAGACCCAGUCCUUGUCAAUCAAUGCCAUCAGCGACAUCAUCAUUGAUGACUGCCAGUUCAUCAACCUCGGUGGAUUUGGUACAUCAUCGCCUGUUGUUGUUCAUGGCGGCGAGUCCUGGAUGUCAACAUCCAUCUCCAACAACUACUUCUAUAACUGCGAGGCAGCUCAAGGAGGUUCAUUCAACAUCCAAGGAAACAGCAUGUUCACACUCAAGACAACCGGUAUCGAGAAGUGCGAGGCAGCAGGUCUCCCAGCCCAAGCUGCUGCUGGCUACGUUUCUAUCACUGGCCAAUUCAAAGUUGACCUCAGCUCAUUCAUGUCCUGCACAUCUCCAAAGCACAACCUUUACUUCGCAACAACUGGCACAUCAUCGAUGAGACAUCUUUUCGGUGACCAGUCAACUGUCAGCCGCAUCAACUCAUCAGAUAACUCAGCUACAGGUCUUGGCACAAUUUACUCAUAUGGCCACAUCAACUUCAACAGUUACACACAACCAGUCGAACUCACAUACUCCACCAUCAGCAAGACAUCAUCCAACUGCGGCACACUCUACUUCCAGGGUGGUCAAACAGAUGCUCUUGUUCAGAAGGUCAACUUCCUUGAGAACACACUUACUGGCUACGGCAUGGUCUACACAGAUUCAUGCACUGUUGCACCACAAGUCAAGGAUUGCGUCUUCCAGAAUAACAACUACAAUGGACACGAAAUUCUUGGCAGCUCUAAAUCUCCAGUUGCUGACAUGAGCGGAUGUGUUGUUGAUAACACAAAGAUCCAAGGCGAAGCAGGUGUCACUGAUUGGGUUGAAUCAAGUACAGAUGCUAUCCCAAUGACACUCUAUGCAACAGGCGGAAUCCAGGCCAUGUAUCCAUACGGCGGAAAACCAAAUACAAACCCAGACACACCAACACAAAAACCAUCUGAACCAUCUGGCGACACACCAACAAAGCCAUCAUCAUCUGAUAUCCAACCAACUAAACAACAAUCUACUGAACAACCUCAGAAACCAGAAAGUAGUGAUGUUAGUGGCAACAAACCAGCUGGUACAGAAUCAUCAGGAUCUCAUGACUCUGCAAGUGGUGCAAGCAGUUCUACCUCAAAGGACAAGUCUUUGUACAUGAUCAUCGGAAUUGCUGUCGGCUGCAUCGUCUUUGUAAUUAUUCUCGGUGUUAUUGCAUCCAAGUUCUUGAAGGAUCCUGAAGAUGAAUCUGAAGAGUCUAUGGAAACAAAUGUAGAAGAAGAUAAUGAAGAAACAAAAAUGAUUGCUAGUAAUGAAAUAACAAGCGAAAAUGUGAUUUCAGGUGCAGAAAAUACUAAUGAAAUCACUGGUAUUGAAGAAAUCAACGAGAUUACAAUAUAA